AUGACUAGUGGUUGCGGCCAGCCGAUGAUCGCACCUCGUAUUAUCGGGGGACAAGAUGCUAGAGACCACAGCUGGCCGUGGCAGGUUUCCCUCCAAACCUCCAGCGGCGCUCACUUCUGUGGAGGUACCCUGAUCGCACCACAGUGGGUGCUGACCGCAGCGCACUGUAACCAAGAUUUGCGGACGGCCAGAGUUGUCCUGGGUGAACAUGACCUGGCCAGUAACUCUGAGUCUGUCCAGGUGGCCAGCAUAGUCGGGGCCCUCCCUCAUCCCAACUACAACCCUCAGACCGUUGAGAACAACAUCAUGCUGCUGAAGCUGUCCCGCCCGGCGAGCCUGGGCCGGACGGUGGACGUGGCCUGCCUUCCGCGGGACGGGAGCGGAUACCCGGACGGCAUGACCUGCUGGAGCACCGGCUGGGGCUUCACGGCACAGGACGGACCUAUCGCGAAUGAGCUGCAGCAGGCGGACCUUCCGUUGCUUAGCAACGCUGAGUGCAGCUCCCAUUGGUCAGAUUUCUACAAACCUGAGAGCAUGAUCUGUGCCGGGGCUGAGGGGGCGGGCGAGGACGGGGCAUGCCGGGCUGACUCUGGCGGCCCCCUUGUCUGUGAGAUCAACGGAUCGUACCAUUUGGUGGGGGUGGUCAACUUCGGCUACGACACCUGCAGCACCAGCUACCCGACAGUCUUUGCGCGGGUCAGCGCCUUCCGCACCUGGAUAGACGGCGUCAUGGCGCGCAACUAAUCUGAUUGGUCGUUCGGGGAGCGUCAUGGCGAGCAAUCAAUCUGAUUGGUCGCUCGUAGAGCAUGUCGUUCAUGAUAAAAAUAUCGCUGGUCGCUUCUCAAAAUUAGGCUGGAAAAUCAGCACUGAAUACUUAAUUGUUUUAUCAAUAAAACAAAAUAAAAGGGUU